GUAAUUAGUUAUGAUUAUAGAAAAAGUAAAAGUUUAUGUAGUUAUUUCAACCAAUAGUAAUGAGCAUGGAUAAUCUUCAGAACAAAAAAGUAUUAUUUUUCUUUUGUUCAGUGACUUCUACUUAUUUUGUAGGAAUUUGCCUGUAUUUACAGUUCAUUGUUAAAUUAGUUUUUAUUGAAGUGUUUAAUAUCAUUUAUAAUUUUACAAAAAUUAUAAAGGAAAUUAUAAAAACUUGUGUAUUAACUGUUGUAAUAACAAUAAUUUAUUAUGUUAUUAUUGUAUUAUAUGGAGCACCUGUAUUAACACAUUGCAAUGAGACAUUAAUCCUUGCUCUUACUUUAACAACUCUUACAUUGGUUCCAGCUUGUUUACAUCUGGGAACGGACAAUCUGUUAACUUUAUUUAUUAAUUCAGAACAGCUAACGGAAGAAAAAUUUUUAGAAGCUAUAAAAUUAAAUAUAAAAAUUGUUUUAAUAACUACAUGGCUUAGUGCUUUUGUUUUGGCAUUGGACUGGGAUAGAAAAUGGCAAAUUUGGCCUACACCAUGUAUAAUUGGUGCUUUGCUUGGAUAUUUUAUUAGCCAUUUUCUAACUUUUAUAAAAAUUCUAAAAAUAAAAUUAGAAAAAAAAUGUAAAAAAAAAGAAAUGUUUAAAACCUGCUGA